AUGGGUAAGUCGUCCAAGGACAAGCGCGAUGCCUACUACCGGCUUGCCAAGGAACAAAAUUGGCGUGCCCGCUCCGCCUUCAAAUUGAUCCAAAUCGACGAACAAUUCGACCUUUUCGAGCACGAGAACCCGGAUAAAGUGACAAGAGUGGUGGAUCUAUGCGCUGCACCUGGAAGUUGGAGCCAGGUCCUCAGUCGAGUGUUGAUCAAGGGAGAGAGUUUCGGCCGGAGAGCAUGGCUCGAAAAGAAGCGGAAAGAGCAACAGGCCCUACAGAGGGGCUCUGAGGCCACUACCGACGACAACGACGCCGACGACCAUUAUGAAAUCGGAGAGGCCGACCCCAGCGCAGAAUUGAAGCCUCGCAAGAACGUCAAGAUCGUCUCCAUUGAUCUGCAGCCCAUGGCGCCGCUCGAGGGCAUCACCUGUCUCAAAGCCGAUAUUACCCACCCCUCCACCAUCCCUCUGCUUCUGCGCGCACUGGACCCCGAGGCAUAUGAGUCCUCGACAACCACAUCCGACUCACCCUCCAGUACCCCCGCGCCCAUUCGGCAACCACAUCCCGUCGAUCUUGUCAUUUCCGAUGGUGCGCCAGAUGUCACCGGCCUCCACGAUCUCGACAUUUACAUCCAAUCCCAACUCCUAUAUGCGGCACUCAACCUUGCCAUGGGUGUGCUUCGUCCUGGCGGUAAAUUCGUCGCCAAGAUUUUCCGCGCCCGUGAUGUCGAUCUCCUCUACGCCCAGCUGCGUACCGUCUUCGAGAGAGUCAGUGUUGCCAAGCCUCGGAGUAGUCGCGCAAGCAGUUUAGAAGCAUUCAUUGUCUGUGAGGGUUUCAUCCCGCCUGUUAACAGCGAGGGCGUCGUCGGAACAGCGGCAUUGAAGAACCCUCUAUUCGGAGGUGCUGCGGUGCCGAAGCCUGUUUCGGAUGACGGAAAUCUCGCUGUCGAGGUGCCCGAGGAAGACGAAAACGAACAGUCACCCAGGGCCUUGAGGGAAGUUUCAUCUGUUGAUGACAUAGUGUCUGCGCCAAACGAGUCUACAAAGAUUAAUUAUCUACACCCCGCGUCGUUGCCAAUGGACCCCCCUUCAGCGCACAAGUCGCUCUCAAAGUUUUCUGAGGAGAACCGGUGGAUCCCUUCUUUUAUUGCUUGCGGUGAUCUCUCUGCCUGGGAUUCUGAUGCAUCAUACGCCCUUCCCCCAGACUAUGUUAGUCUGGAUCCUGUUCAGCCUCCAACUGCACCACCGUAUCGGAAGGCCUUGGAGUUGAGGAAGCAAAUGGGCGGUGCUUAUGGCAAGACCAAAUAUAUCAAGUCUACCAAAGCGGCCCAAGCAUAA